AACCUGCUGCCUUGGGUUAAUAAAAGCUCACUCAGAUGAAGGAGAUGUCCGGCUAUUGGCCCACAGUUAGAGGGCACGUCAUCCCCCAUCCAUCACAGAUCGAGUGAUUCUGGUCACUGUGAGGCAUGUCCGUCCACGGUUCGGGCCAUCCGUAGAUGGGGCUACCACGGGGUUCAAGGCUUUGGCCGGACGGAGGCUGCCACGAGGCGGGAGCGUGUCAUGGAUUCUUACCAAGAGUUCACGUGUGACGGGAGAACGGGAAUACCCUUCCCCGCAGGAAACUGCGCGAGCGAGGCCAGGCGCGAAGAUCUGGACCAAAGGACUAGUUCAGAACUCCGGUUCAGGGUGGAGGGUCGGUUCCUCGCGGACUUUGCCCACCACUGUUUCCCACCUCUAACGGACAACGACCCCAAAAGCUCUCGGGACCUGGUUUGCGCGGGCUCGAGCGCACCCCCCUUCCCCCAGAAUGAAGUGGGAGACUUCUAUUGCCCCGGUCAACCCCAAGUCCCCUCCUUCGCGCGCGCUGGGGAGCAGAACCUCUCCGGAGAGGAGCACUGCCCCUCCUCACGCGCGCUCACAAGUCCGUCCGUUCAAAAGCUCGGACUGGUCCACUCACUCGCUCAGGUCCACCCGGAGGAUGACCCGAGGAAACGUGCAGCGCUCGAGGACAACACCGAGCGCGCGCUUCCACUGAAGUUGCACGAAAACAUCCAAAGUGGGAAAACUUUCGAGUGGAUGAAGGUGAAACGAAGGCAGCCGCGAGGAGUCGGAGCAUCAGUCUGUGGACAUGGUCUCCUCGGACAGGUGUUCUGUGGAGGAAAAAGCAGUAGCAAUGACUUUAGUUCGGGUCAACCCGGAUCUCCGAGGACCAACUUCAGCACCAAGCAGUUGACAGAGCUGGAAAAGGAGUUCCACUUCAGCAGGUACCUGACGCGCGCGAGGCGGGUGGAGAUAGCAAGCUCCCUGCAGCUCAGCGAAACCCAGGUGAAGAUCUGGUUCCAGAACCGGCGCAUGAAGCAGAAGAAGCUGCAGAGGGAAGGUCUGGGACGAGAACAGGAGCGCGUUCAGGACACUAACGGAGCAGAGCCGCACUCACCUCCAGAGAACAGUUAAGAAGUUAGAGGAUGUUUUAUUGGCUGGAACUGUGAGAUAAAAACACUAAAACAAAAGCGAAAGAUGGGUAAAUCAGAAUUACGAAGAGACUCGAAGAGAACUGAAUCAAAAUCAGGAAAAAUACUGCUCACCUGCUGACUAAUCCCAAAAGUUUUAAAUAGCCUAAUCUUUAAACGCACUUUAUUAAUCAUAUACAUAAAAAAAUGUUCAACUGUAUAUUUUUUUAUUUGAUUCUUGAUUUUUUUUUCUUGUAUUUACGCUUUCGUUUACUUUCGUCUGCUGGUUACAAUCUGAAUUUUAUUUGUAGUUAUAUCGUUGUAAUUAAUACAUGCCCCUGUUAUAGCGUGUAACUUUGUCCGAAUAACGGAUGAAAAUUAUUCCAUAUAUAAAAUAAAGGUUUAAAUAUAUAAAACGAUAUUUUAUACAUAUUUUAUACAUUGCAAUAUUAAUGCAGAACAGACAUUCAAAGAACCAAUGAUAAAACACACACACACAGACACACACUCGUUUCACACGUUCCAUUUGCAUUAUAUCACUGUAGCUGACAAGACAACCCCAGUAUUGUGUCGACGCUUUUUGACAUAAAUUGACAUAAUACGCUAGUUGUUCUUCACAUUAUGUCAAAGUUUCAUGACGAAUGAAUUGGCCAAUAUAAAUUAAGUAAAACUACUUAUUUCCUUACGAUUACAAUUAUUAAAAGUUAAAAAUAUUUUUUUUCCUGCAAAUUUUGGCAUAUAGCCUAUAUUUUAACACACUCAUUUGUUUUUCACACAACCUACCUCUAAUAAGUAUUUAUAUUUUAUGUUUGGCGAAUCUUUAACUUAACUUUACAAAAGAAAUAAAAAGAAAUCUCAACUUUUUUUAUGGAAGUAAAUAUAUUACAUUUAAUUUAAUUAAUUUAAAUAGCGCUUUUUACAACAAAUGUUGUCACAAAGCACCUUUACAAAGAAAAAAACAGGUCCACUCCUCUCAUGAGCGAGCAAAUAUAUUAUUCUAAUAUUUUAUUCUAAUGGUAUCAAAACGUUCACACAAUAUAAACAUCAAUUCCCUGAUUUACAUGAUAUCAAAAAUGAAAAAAAAAAUCUAACAUUAACUUAACUGUCACCUUAAACCCGUUAAUGCCUUUUUAUUAAUGUUGAAUAAAUAAAUCACGCGUAGCUUUUCAAUUACUCAAGUACUUUACAAUUUUAGGACUAUUUUACAGCUUUAACUAAUUUACUUCUUAAAACACAUCAGCUUUAUUCCUUUCAAUUUAAAGUUUAUUCGGUUCUAAUCGGUCUUGACAUUGUCGGCUCCAAACUUCUGUGCUGUAAAUGUAUGAAAACACCUCAGGCACACACUCACGUGCGAGCGCGCGCGCAUUAGGAAGUUUUCUGUAUGUUGUAUGUGUCACAUUCACGCGGUCAGUGCUUUUAUCUAGGAAUAAAGAGCGCUGCAACAUGAUCGCUGCUCCUCGUCUUUCUAACUAAUGGCCAAACGCUGUCACCGAGCUAAGUGCCUCCACUUACCCGCGGAUUUCCAGCUAUUUAUGGCCAGAACGGGGUUCAGCCGAGAGCCACGGGUUGAACCUGCUCCGAUACCAACUUUUCAUUUUCAUGACAUCAAAGCUGUGGAGCGGAGAUGAAGAGUGUUGGAAGAGGGAUGGAGUGAUAGAGGAAACGUUCAGCCAUUCACCUUCGUUUUAAGGGCUUAAGUGUAAGAGGAUAUAGUGUUUAGACCUGUUGGGUUGUUAUACUGGCCUCCCUGUAUAUAUAUCAAGUUAUCAAGUUUCUUUUUUUUUAUUUCUCACCCAGAAAUAUGGGUAAACUUUCUUAGUUUUUAAUAGAAUAAAAACAAUCCCAAGCAAUUAUAACAUUUGUAUUUGAAACAAUGGAAACAAUGUCAUGAUUAACUUCUAUGUAGCCUGGAAGUGAAAACAAACAAACAAACAAAUAAAAAACGACAAAAAAUGAAAGACGGGGUUUUUACGUGACAGCGACGGUAUACAGUAAUUUUUUAACGCCUUAAAAACGAAACGCUACUCAAAGUGACAGUCUUUCCACGUUCCGAGGCCUCAUUUCGACUGACAUUAGCACUCAAAUAAUUGCUGGAAUUAUCUCAUAAGCGCACGAGGCUUAUCCUGAUUUAUGGCAAAUGGAUUUAUCGACAGGUGGGUUAGACAUAUUGACUUUUAAUUGAUCGGGUUUGAUGGGCCUCAGCUCUAGAAGCAAAAAGCGCACAUCACAUCACUGCAGUGCUAAGCACUGUAAAAAUAAUCAUCAAAGUCAUUAUAAACAUACAGUGCGAGUGUGAGCUAAAACCUUUAAUGUAUAGCCUUUUUUUAAAGGACCUAUACACAAUAUAACACGUUCUAUAUUCUAUGCAUUAUUACUGUGCAUGCUAAAAUUUUAAUAUUAUCGACAGUGACCAAACUCAUUGUUGCUUUCAUUGCUAUAUUGUUAAUAUUGUUAAUUUAUUAUCAAUUCUCAUUUUUUGUAUGCUUGGAAAUCUGUAUACAGAUCUGGAAAAAAGAGACUACUUAAAUUGAAAGUUAUCCAAAAGCAGUGUGUAAGACUAUUGGAGGAGAACAUGCCAAGAUGCAUGAAAACUGUGAUUGAGUUAUUCCACUAAAUAUUGAUUUUUGAACUUUUAAAACUUUAUAUGAACUUUUGAGGUCUAAAAAUUCUGCAUAUUUUGUCAUUUCAGCCAUUUCUCAUUUUCAGCAAAUAAAUGCUCUAAAUGACGUUAUUUUUAUUUGAAA